AUGUUUAAAACUUUAAAUAUUGGAUACAAAUCUUCUUCAUGGUUUACUCUUUCUGAAUGCAUUUUAGAUGAAGAAAUUGCUAAGGUUGAAAAGUUAAUUAAUACUGAGUUAGAAGAUGAAACAAAUUUAACCUUAA